UAAUAAUGCUCAACGAACGCGAAUUCGGGGGGCACUCUAUAGAAGAAUAGUUCAACAACAGUGGAACUCACUAAAUUCGCAGACGGGCUUUCUAUUCCAUAAGCGAGAUGAUCGUGCUUCAUAUGCUGAUCUUGCAGAAGAAAUACGAAAUGUAAUCAGGAACAUGCCAACCACUUUAAGAUGUGGAGAAAAUACAUUUCCAGUUGCUGCGGAAGAUUUUCAAUUCACUUUUUUAAAACCAAUGUACGCUGGUGAUGUAACAGUCGAGUUUGAUGGAUUUGAUCGCCUAUUAAGUCAACAAUCUACUGAUCAUGAGACUAAUCCAAAUGAAGAUGAAGAAGAUGAAGAAUAG